GGGCCUCCUGGUCUUCCCGGGCAAAUUGGUCCACCCGGAGCUCCAGGGCUUCCAGGCCAGAAGGGGGAGAUUGGACUGCCAGGCCCUCCAGGACAUGAUGGGGAAAAGGGACCUCGAGGCAAACCAGGAGACGUGGGUGCCCCUGGUCCCCAGGGGCCUCCAGGAAAAGAUGGGCCUCCAGGAAUGAAGGGAGAAAACGGACACCCAGGGAGCCCAGGAGAGAAGGGAGAGAAAGGGGAGAUGGGACAAGCAGGCUCACCGGGAGAGAAAGGAGAAGCCGGGGAGAAGGGUGACCCAGGAGCAGAG